AUGAACAGCGUAGGGGAGGCUUGCACCGACAUGAAGCGCGAGUACGACCAGUGCUUCAACCGCUGGUUUGCCGAGAAGUUCCUCAAGGGGGACGGCUCCGGGGACCCAUGCACCGACCUCUUCAAGCGCUACCAGCAGUGUGUUCAGAAAGCGAUAAAGGAGAAGGAGAUUCCUAUUGAAGGACUGGAGUUCAUGGGCCAUGGCAAAGAAAAGCCUGAAAGCUCUUCUUGA